AGUGCCCCCAACAGUAUGUGGCGUAGCUCUCUCGACUCUUUUGAUGAAACUCUCAGAAAGAUGCAGAAGUUUUUUGGUCUGGAGGAGACGGGACAGCUGGACUCAAACACCUUAGAGGUGAUGGCUAAACCACGCUGUGGUUUCACAGAUGCCAGCAGUUACAGCCACUUCGAAGGCCGACCCAGGUGGCGCAAGAAUUUGAUCACAUACAGGAUAACUGAAUACACUCCAGAUCUGAGUCAGAGCGCUGUGGAUGCCGCCAUCGCCAAGGCCCUGAAGGUCUACAGCGACGUCGUUCCUCUGGAUUUUAAAAAGAUCUACAGUGGAACGGCUGACAUGAUGAUCAAAUUCAGGGAUCAUGUUCAUGGGGAUUUUGCUCCGUUUGAUGGCCAGGGUGGGGUCUUGGCUCAUGCUUUCUCCCCUGGUGAGGGACUUGGAGGCGACGCCCAUUUUGAUGAAGAUGAAAGCUGGACUCUAUCUUCAACAGGGUCGAAUCUCUUCCUGGUGGCUGCUCAUGAGUUUGGACAUGCUCUAGGAUUAUCCCACUCCUCAGACAAGACCGCCCUGAUGUUUCCCAACUACCAGUAUGUGACCACCGAGGACUACCAGCUACCAGAAGACGACAGACGGGGAGUCCAGGCCAUCUAUGGAGCCAGAGAAACAUCCACUCAGCCAGCACCUCAACCUCAACCAAACCCACAACCCACCAAAAAACCUGCUCCAAAACCACAACCUCAACCACAACCACAACCCCAGCCCAAACCACAGCCUCAACCACAACCUGAACCAGAACCUGAUCCCACAUCAGAGCCUCCUCCAGACCGCUGCAGCAGGUUCAUUAUCUUUGAUGCUGCAGCCUCCAUCGAUAGAACCCUUCACUUCUUCAAAGACGGAUAUUUCUGGAAGAGAGGGAGCUCCUGGGAUGGUAUCAGUGAGGAGAAAAUCGAGUCUGUUUGGCCUGGAAUCAAAAAAGUGGAUGCUGCUUACGAGGACAAGACGACCAACACAGUUAUCUUCUUUGAAGGGGAUCAUUACUGGGGCAUCCGUGGGAACACUGUCCUUCCUGGUUAUCCCAAACCUAUCAGCGACUUUGGCUUCCCUCGCUACAUCAACAAGGUGGAUGCUGCGGUCCAUGUGUCAUUCACUAGCAGAACCCUGCUGUUUGUGAGAGGAAAAAUCUGGAGCUACAAUGAGCGGCGGGGAAGAAUGGAUGGUGGUUACCCUAAACCCAUUUACAGAGAGCUGGGGGGGAUUGGGCUCAGGGUUGAUGCUGCUUUCCAGAACAAAGGUUACCUGUACUUUUCAUCUGGAUUCAGACAGACUGAGUACCACUACCAGCGCAGACGAGUGAUCCGCACCAUGCUGAACAAUAAAUGGUUGGAUUGUGACUAGAGAAGCAAAGCUCAGAUACACUGACAGACACACACACAUGCAGAAUAACAGCUAACAUCUUCACCUCUGAGUAGUACUUCAUAGAAAUAAAUCAGUGACUGUUUACAUGGACUUGAGUACCCCGCUUCUGAGCCUUACCCUAGUUUUGCUCAUGUCAGAAACCGGGAUACCAAAGUCCAUGUCAUGUCAUUUAUGAGGACAAACAUAGUGGUAAUCUUUUAGAAAUCUACAGCUUUAAUAAGAGUUUAUUUUUCUUUUUGGCAUGCAUCAAUAAACAUGAUUUACUAAAUCAUUUAGACUGUAGUAAUCAAGAAUGAACUUGAGUGUUUCUGAGUGUCCUGUUGACUGUCAUGUUUCAUAUCAUGGAGUGAAUAAAAAGUAAACAUGACUGACACAACA